AUGAGUCUCGGACAAGCACCACCAGUAGCAACGAUACAAUUUGAGUGCACGAUGAUUUCUGAGCCUCCCGCAGCGAUGCUGCAGUACCGCCGGCCCCUGCCACUGCUGGUGAGCCUGUUGCUUGUUGGAUUGCUGUUGUACUGUGCAAACAAUCUCUACAGAAGACUAAACCAUCACACAGCCUCUAGUGUCAUCAUCCUCACGUACAUGCGCAGUGGGUCUACAUUUGCCGGAAGUUUGUUUGAGGCUAGCCCGGAUGUUUUCUAUGAGUUUGAGUCACUUAAAGGCAUCUACGACUCGGAAAGUAAAGAAAUGAAAUUUCUCGAAGUUCCAACACGGUUGAAACGAGAUUAUAUAAGCGAAGUGUCGGACAUCAUCAGGUCAAAGCUCGAAUGUCGAUUAACUGACCUAGAUAUGGAAUCAUUAACCCAUUAUCAUCUGAAACAUAGUCGAGAUACAAAGCGUUAUUUCGACUGCAUCGAGCCCCACCGAACCAACGCUACAAAGGUGGAAAUAUACCGAUGCUUACAUCUCAUACAAAAACCCUGCUCAGCCUCAAAAGUGCGCGUUGUCAAGGAAAUCCGUCUACCAAUAGAAGCCAUGGAUACUAUCCUCGGAGCUAGCCAAUCAGUUAAGAUGAUCCAUCUGUUUCGUGACCCUCGAGCUGCUAUUCGCUCACAAAUGAUGUACGGAAAUAGUCCAUCGCCGAAAGUGUAUCCUUACGCCAAAAAGACGUGUAAAGAUGUUUUGAAAGAUAUUAAAAUUAGAGAACAGCUGGAAAUGAAGUAUCCAGGUAGGAUAAAGCUUGUAUUUUAUGAAGACCUGGCAAAGGAACCCCUUCGCGUCACCAAAGAGCUGUAUGCAUUUGCAGGACUACAUUUUACUGCGGAGGUGGAAGAAUACGUGAAAAGUAUCACUUCCGGAAAGAUAAAUACAUCGUGUCUGCUAUGUAUUUACAAGUCUAAUUCGGUGUACGAAUCGCUAAAAUGGCGGAAAGGUAUCAACUAUCUCACAGCUACUCUGAUAGAUAGUUUGUGUGGUGCAGUGUACAAAGAACUUGGGUAUCUUCCCCUGAAGUCAGAGAGACAACUCAGGGAUACAACUCAGUCGUUAAGGAAAACAGGUAACCGUGGAAUUUUAGUACUGCCCAAAAAAUAA